UAGAGCUGGCUAAAGUGGUUGGGGGUUGGAUCCGGCGCGUGGCGAUGACGUUGCCAGAAGCCAGGAUCAUAGAGACGCUCGGCCUCCGCCGCACGCGCUGGCGGACUAAAAGUGGCUGGCGAAGCGAGCGGCCGGCGUGGGCCCCUGGCGGGCGGGCGGUACAGCCCCAAGCCUGAGACCCGGACCUGAGUAACGCAGGUUCGAGUCCCGCCCCGCCUGGGUCGAAGCCGGGAGUGGCGGCGACCUCGCGGCGUUGCACCGGCUCUCUGAGCACCUCCCCUCUGAGAACUUCCCUUGUGACGGGCCCAGGACGAGGUGGCCGGGCAGCCCCGAUGGCACCCCUGGUCUAGGCGGAGAACCGCCUAGGCGAUGAGUGAGAACCUCGACAACGAGGGCCCGAAGCCCAUGGAGAGCUGUGGCCAGGAGAGCAGCAGCGCCCUGAGCUGCCCUACAGUCUCGGUGCCCCCUGCAGCCCCGGCAGCCCUGGAGGAGGUGGAGAAAGAGGGCGCUGGGGCGGCUACAGGGCCGGGGCCUCAGCCCGGGCUCUACAGCUACAUCAGGGAUGACUUGUUUACCUCUGAGAUCUUCAAACUGGAGCUGCAGAACGUGCCUCGCCACGCCAGCUUCAGCGACGUCCGGCGCUUCCUGGGCCGCUUUGGUCUGCAGCCCCACAAAACCAAACUCUUUGGGCAACCACCCUGCGCCUUUGUGACAUUCCGCAGCGCUGCAGAGAGGGACAAGGCCCUGCGCGUUUUGCAUGGUGCCCUCUGGAAAGGCCGCCCACUCAGUGUGCGCCUGGCCCGGCCCAAGGCCGACCCCAUGGCCAGGAGGAGGCGACAGGAGGGUGAGAGUGAGCCACCAGUAACACGAGUGGCCGACGUGGUGACCCCUCUAUGGACAGUGCCCUAUGCUGAGCAGCUUGAGCGGAAGCAGCUGGAGUGCGAGCAGGUGCUGCAGAAACUUGCCAAGGAAAUCGGGAGCACCAACCGUGCCUUGCUGCCCUGGCUGCUCGAGCAGAGGCACAAGCACAACAAGGCCUGCUGCCCGCUGGAGGGGGUCAGGCCAUCACCCCAGCAGACUGAGUAUCGUAAUAAGUGUGAGUUUCUGGUUGGCGUCGGGGUGGAUGGGGAGGAUAACACCGUGGGCUGUCGGCUCGGCAAGUACAAGGGCGGGACAUGUGCUGUGGCAGCCCCGUUUGACACCGUGCACAUCCCCGAAGCCACCAAGCAGGUGGUGAAGGCCUUCCAGGAGUUCAUCCGGUCCACUCCAUACUCGGCAUACGACCCAGAGACAUACACAGGCCACUGGAAGCAGCUGACUGUGCGCACCAGCCGCCGCCGCCAGGCCAUGGCCAUUGCCUACUUCCACCCCCAGAAGCUGAGCCCUGAAGAACUGGCAGAGCUGAAGGCCUCCCUAGCGCAGCACUUCACAGCAGGGCCAGGCAGGGCCAGUGGAGUGACCUGCCUCUACUUCGUGGAGGAGGGACAGCGAAAGACUCCUAGCCAGGAGGGCCUGCCCCUGGAGCAUGUGGCUGGGGACCGGUGCAUCCAUGAGGACCUGCUAGGGCUGACAUUCCGGAUCUCUCCGCACGCCUUCUUCCAGGUGAACACACCUGCAGCCGAGGUGCUCUACACAGUCAUCCAGGACUGGGCCCAGCUGGAUGCAGGGAGCACGGUGCUGGACGUGUGCUGUGGCACUGGCACCAUUGGCCUGGCCCUGGCCCGGGGCCCCAUGCACUCCCCUCCCUGGGUGGGGCGACACCAUGCUUUCCUGUUUCAGAAGGUAAAGAGGGUCAUUGGGGUCGAGUUAUGCCCAGAGGCCGUGGAGGACGCCCGGGUGAAUGCCCAGGACAAUGAGUUGAGUAAUGUGGAGUUCCACUGUGGGAGGGCCGAGGACCUGGUGCCCACCCUGGUGAGCAGACUGGCCUCCCAACACCUCGUGGCCAUCCUGGACCCACCCCGUGCUGGCUUGCAUUCCAAGGUGAUCCUGGCCAUCCGCAGAGCUGAGAACCUCAGGCGGCUGCUGUACGUCUCAUGCAACCCCCGGGCAGCCAUGGGCAACUUUGUGGACCUCUGCAGAGCCCCAUCUAACCGGGUGAAGGGCAUUCCCUUCCGGCCGGUCAAGGCUGUGCCAGUGGACCUGUUCCCGCAGACCCCUCACUGUGAGAUGCUCAUCCUGUUCGAGAGGGUGGAGCACCCCAAUGGCACAGGGGUCUUGGGGCCCCACAGCCCUCCAGCUCAACCCACACCAGGACCCCCAGAUGACACCCAAGAAACUGGGGCCUUCCCCUCAUCCUAGGCCCAGGACCCAUCAUGGGGACAGGAGCUGAAGGGCUCCCAGGGCCCCAGGGGCGGGGAAGGCAUGGCUUGCUGGCCAGGAUAUUCAGAGGUAGGCAGCCAAAGGGCACAGACCAGAAUUGGCCUGCUGCUAGGGGCCAGGGGCCCUGACCAGGAAGGCAGGUGGGCUCCUGCAGCCUGUUCCCCAUCCCCAGGGCCUUUGUGGACUAGCCAAGGCCGUGAGGGCCAGAAUAAACAACUGCUCAACAAA